ACGCUAACCUAUUGUCUCCUUGUCUCUUCUCUCCAGCCCCGCCCCUUCGCUCCUCAAGGCUAUCUAUCCAACGGCGCGACACCCGCGGGUCCGGCGCCCGGAGCCACGCCGCUGCUACCCAACAAUGGCCGAGUAAUUCAAUCGGGGCCCACCCGAAUUCUGUGCAUUGCGGAUGUUCGAGGAAACCUGAAGUCUCUGAAUGAACUGGCGAGACAGGCUCGCGCAGACCACAUCAUCCACACGGGUGACUUUGGUUUCUACGACGAUACAUCGCUGGAGCGCAUUGCAGACAAGACGCUUAAGCAUGUUGCUCAAUAUUCCCCCCUUCUGCCAGAGAACGUAAAGCGAACGAUUGCACAGGUUCCUCCUGCGCAGUCGAUUAAGCAGCGAUUCAACCCUGAUCAGCUACCCCUCUCCGAACUGCCGAUGCUCCUGGACAAACGAAUUACCCUUGAUGUUCCGGUCUACACAGUUUGGGGUGCCUGCGAGGAUGUUCGUGUGUUGGAAAAGUUCCGGUCAGGCGAGUACAAGGUUGACAAGUUGCACAUCAUCGAUGAGGCCAACUCGCGGCUCCUGGAUAUUGGUGGCGUCAAGCUGCGUCUGCUUGGACUGGGUGGUGCGGUGGUGAUGCACAAGUUGUUCGACAAUGGCGAGGGCAAGACAACUAUUGCUGGUGGCCAGGGCACUAUGUGGACAACACUUUUGCAGAUGGGCGAGCUGAUCGACACAGCCAACCGCGUCUACGAUCCCUCCGAAACCCGCGUCUUCGUCACUCAUGCCUCGCCCGCUCGUGAAGGCAUGCUGAACCAGCUUUCCGUUACCCUCAAGGCCGACUUUUCCGUUUCGGCCGGUCUUCAUUUCCGUUACGGCUCUUCCUACAACGAGUUCUCGGUGAACCCUUCCCUGGAUCACUACCGCGGCAAGCUCGCGGCCUCCAAAGCAUCUUUCACCGAUGUUUGGGAGACUGUUCGGGGAGAGGUGGAAUCGGCAAUUUCCUCAAACGAAGCCCAGAAGACUCUCCUAGACAACGCGUUGGAUGUGGUUCAAAAGAUGCCUUCGAUCGCCAAUGGCGGCAACCCCUUCGGCGGCCCUGUCGCUGCUGGUAACGCCGCUGGUCAAGUAGACGAGAGCGCCUUCAAGAACAUGUGGAACUUUAACUUGGCUGACGCCGCCUUUGGAUACCUGGUUCUGGAGAUCGAGGGAGGACGUAUCGCGACGGAGAUGCGGGCUCAGGGCUUCAACUUCGCCCACCGCAGUGGCAAGCCUACUGCUGGAGGGCCCCAGGCUGUUGCCGCCGCCCCCCCCGCUACUACUGCUUCUCCUGCGCCCACCGGUGCUGCUGGUGGCCGGCCCACUGCCUCCACCCCUCAGUUCGGCCAGGCUCCUACUACCCGCGCUCCCCCUGCUGCUCCUCAGGGCCAGAAGGGUCAACCCGCUCGUGGCUCGCCCGCUCCCGUCAUCCCCAAGAGCGCUACCCCCCAGCCCCCCGCUUCCACUUCCGCUCAGCCCGCUGGGGAGGAGAAGGUCGCUGCUGACGCCAACGGCUCUGCUCAGUCUGAGAAGACCGAAUCGCCCGCUCCUCGUGGUGAGAAGAAGCCCAGCAACGGACUCUUCGUUUCCAACGUCGACAACGAGCAGGCCGUGCGUGAACUGCUGUCGGAGGAGGACCAGGCCAAGGUGGUCAAGAUCGAGAAGUAUGGCAAGUUCAACCACGUCGUGACGUUCCCGACUGUGGAGGACGCCAAGUCGGCUCUGGACCGCCAGCCCAUCGAGCACAAGAAGCCCACUCCUACAGGUCAACCUCGUAAGCCCAACUUCAAGUUCUUCGAGGAUCGCGGCGGCCGUGCACAGGGCAAUGCCGGAACCUGGCAGGGCAGCAGCAGCCGUGGUGGAGCUAGCGCCGGUGGACGUGGCUACCAGAGUGCUAGUGACAGCGAAGGUGCUCGUCGGGGUGGAUUCAGUGGUCGGGCUCGAGGCGAUCGUGGCCGUGGAGGUCGUGGAGGUCGUGGUGGCCGCGGUAGCUUCAAGAGUGCUGGAGGUGACUCUCCUGCUCCCUCAACUCCCUCUGGGGACAAGCCCGCCCCUUCUGGUGAUGCUUAG